AUGUCCCAUCUGGACGUCGAAUUUUCCAUCCCCGUUGGCUCUACUGUUGUAGUGUCGGGGGCAAACGGAAACAUAGCGAGCCACAUCGUGGACCAACUUAUCAAAGCGGGCUACAUAGUUCGUGGUACCGUUCGCGAUGUGAAAAAGAACAGCUGGUUAAUUGAUCACUUCUCCAACAUCUACGGCCCCGGGAAAAUUGAGCUGGUUGAAGUACCGGAUAUGUCAGCCAGCGGUGGUUUUGACGAGGCUGUCAAGGGCGCUUCCGGAUUCAUUCACACAGCCACGCCAGUGAUGGAGAAUGCAGAUCCCAAUGCUGCGAUACCCGUUGUAAUUCAAGGGACUUUAGGCGCACUCCAGUCUGCUGCUAAAGAACCUAAAAUGAAGCGCUUCAUUCUGACUUCCUCAUCCGGCGCCUGUACGGCUCCAAAGCCAGGCAAAGUCUUUACAAUCGACUCUAAUACUUGGAACGAAGAGGCCGUAGAGGCAGCGUGGGCGCCGCCACCAUAUGAAGGAUUCGAGCGUCUCUUGGACGUCUACUAUGCUAGUAAGACUCAAGGAGAAAAAGAGGCAUGGAAAUGGGUCCGCGAAAACAACCCAAACUUUGUUCUCAAUACCGUCUUACCGAACGCGAACUUUGGUCCUGUUGUUGAUAAACACCACCAAAAAUAUCAUAGCACUCUGGGUUGGAUUCGUGCCCUCUGGAAUGGAUUUGAAGGUGAAGAAGGAGUGCGAAGCCAGCCACCGCAGUACUACAUCAACAUUGUCGACGACGCCAUUGUUCAUGUUGCCGCGCUGUUGUACAAAGACGUGAACAACGAGAGGCUCUUUACGUUCGCGUACCCAUAUAACUGGAAUGACAUUUUGGCCGCCUUGAGGAAGCUCUAUCCAAGCAAGAAGUUUAUAGACGAUAUUCCGAAUCUGCCGCGCGAUCUAAGCAUCGUGACCAAUGGGCGGGCAGAAGACCUUCUUAAGCGGUUUGCUGGACAUGGUUGGACCAAUCUCGAAGAAACCAUCAAAAGUACCGUAGCAGACUAUUAA